GUCUGCAGCAGUGUUGUUCUCUCCGUUUGCGCUUUCGUCUUCGUUCCUGCCUCUCGAUCCCCCUCUCUCUCCUCCUUCCGGUCUUCUUUUUGCACCUGAUGUCUUUUGAUCUCAACCUGAAACUUUCAUCAGUUAUUAGAGCAUUUUGUUUUAUGAGCCGAGGCCGGCUGUGGAGGUCGCGAAGGAUAUUGUUCCGAGACUGUACCUAGCCCUCCUUUUCCCGGGGGGACAGGGGGGAGUGUUGUUUGAUAAUAGUCUUUGUUCUGUAAUCAAGAGUUCAGCUACUUGGUUCUUUCUGUCAGGGAAUAUUGGUAGGAAGAGGGGUUGUAAUCAGGUAGUUGAACUCUAAUUUUUAAUUUUGUGAUGGGGAAAAUGUUUAAGGCUCCUGGGUUUCGGUUUCAACCAACCGAUGUUGAGCUUCUAAAAUACUUUUUGAAGCGGAAGUUAAUAGGGAAAAGGCUCCAUGUUAAAGUCAUCUCAGAGGUUGACGUUUACAAGUAUGAUCCUUGGGAUCUUCCAGACAAAUCUGGCUGGGACAGUGGAGAUCUGAAGUGGUAUUUCUUUUGUCCGAGAGAAAAGAAAUAUGCACGUGGGAAUAGAAUUCAACGUGCUACUGUAGGUGGUUACUGGAAGACCACUGGAAAGGAUAGGUCUGUUCUUCGCAGCGGUGCAGUUGUCGGGUGGAUAAAAACUUUAAUUUUUCAUACCGGUCGAGCCCCACAUGGAGAUCGAACGGAUUGGGUUAUGCACGAGUAUAGGCUUGAAGAUCAGGGCCUGGCUGAUAGGGGUGUACCUCUGGACUCAUACGUUCUCUGUAUGAUUUUUCAAAAAGAAGGGCUAGGGCCAAGAAAUGGUGCGCAAUAUGGUAAACCUUUUAAUGAGGAAGACUGGAGUGAUGACGAGGUUGCUGAAGGAUUUGAAGAUGCAAACACACCUGGCCCAUAUCUGGGGCUGCUGUGCAACGAAAAUAGUCCAAUUGCUAAUAAUACGCAUUCUCUUGAGGAUAUUGGCAUAGGUCCUCCAUCUGGAUCAUGCAUAUCUGAUAUUUUACCGCAGUCUUGCAAAGUUCUUCAACCAGUUUCCAGUAACUAUGUUACGAUGGAGAAGUCUCAUGCUUCCCAUGGUGAUGACAUCCUGCCAACUUUUGAUUACUCCAGAGAAGAAAACACUUUCUUUAUGAGUGAGAAUGGGAAAAGUAUGGCUCAAAUCCAUUCAGAAGCAGUUCCUAAUGCAAGCAUGCCCAAGCUAAAUCAUGUGCUGCCAAGCAACCAUAAUGGUUUUGCUUCUACUAGUGCAUUCUUUUCUGAGAGAAUAGGCAUUGGUCCAUCUGAAUCAUUCAUGUCUGAUAUUGCGCCACCACAUUCCAAUGCUCUUCAACCGGAAACUGGUAAUUAUGUUACAACAGAGAAGGCUCAUAUGUCUGAUGGUGAUAUCCUUUCGAUGUUUGAUUACUUUCCUGAAGAAAGCACUCUUUACAUGUAUGGAAAUGAUAAAAUUGAGACUGGAGGUUGUUUAGAAACAGUCCUGAAUGCAAACAUUCCUGAGCCAGGCCAAGUGCUUGCGAGCAACUAUAAUACUUUCAUCUCUACUAAUACCCAGUCUUCUGAGGUUAUAGGCAUUGGUCCUUCAUUUCAAUCAUGCGGAAUUGAUGUUUUACCACCUUCUUGGGAGGUUCUCCAACCGGUCUCCUGUAAUUAUGUUGCAAUGGAGAAGACUCCUGCUUCUAAUGGUGAUGACAUCCUGCCAAUGUUGGAUUGCUUUGCAGAAGAAAGCACUUUUCUUAUGAAUGAGAAUCACAAUAAUGAGGAACUGGAUAAUUUCAUUGAUUUUGGCAACAACGCUCAAGCUAUACCUCAUCUGAAUACAAGCAAUAUGUAUGAAAAUUUAGAAGACUUGGGCAACAACCUAGACGGAUACAAUUUCUCUGGCGUGCAUGAUGAUUCUGCGAAUCAUUUUUUGGAGCUAGGUGACCUUGACCAACCAAUGAAUGGCGAUAAUUCUGUGUAAUUUCCUCUAGUGGAAGGGAUCUAUGGGUUUGAAUUUAUCAGUGAAGAGGCAGAGGCUCCAGAUCGCAUAUUUGUGAGUGAAGUGGUUCAUUGACUUCCUCCAUAUUAUUAUUGUCAAUAAUGAUCAAUUGGGUGCUGUGAUCUCCCUUUUUA